AUGUCCUCUACCGUGAAUCCCAAGCGUCACUCCUUCAAUAUCACUCCCGGUGCCCGUCCUUUGCAUCUCCUCAAUGAAACACAGUCAGAGCCCCCGUCGUCGCCGUCACCGCCGUCCCGUCGCCAGUCGUACAGAGAAGUCGAACGGAAGCACCGCGAGCCAGUGACGUUGACUGAAAAGCAUGCUGAUCUUCUCCACUUUAUCGCCCAAAAGGAGUCUAAGUGCCUCGAAUUACGAUCCCAGCUUGCCGUACAUGAAGCAGAGCUUCUUCAGCUCAAGCGCAAGUGGGAACGGAUAGUAUCGAGGGGAUUUGAGAGGCAGCAGCAGACACCAUCGCCGUCGCCAACCCAAACUCUUGCUAGUACCCCGUCUCCGCAGCAGAGCGCCCCGACUUCACCUUCGCUGCCCCCAGAUACGCGUGAUUCAGGCGCAACACCGCUCAUCAGUCCAGCUCCCGACUUUUCUUCAUGGCUUUCCACCGUCGGUGUCCCCAACUUGCCAAAAAAGUGGGACGUACCGACUCUCUCGAAGCGAGCGUCGUUGUUGGGGCAGUCAAUCGCUCAGGCGCUCGAUUUGUCGCCACCACCGCCGUCGACCACUAGACCACUCACAGGAAAGACGGGGCGCCAUUCGCACUCAUCAUCGACUCCACUGGCUUCGUUAAAUGUAUCGACCCCCUCGCGCCCAUCACCAUCGCUGCCGGCAAAGGUUCCUGCGGUGAUGUCACAUGCCCAUUCGUCCUCUACGCCGUCCAGUCCGUCACCGCUGAGUGCAAAUACCCCACUUCCCACGCCACCCGCGACGACGACUGAAGAGAUGAACCCCACGAAGCCGAUGUCGCUGGCGCGCACUCCGGAAGAAGAGGAAGGUGACGAUGGGUGGAACUGGUAG